GAGGAACUAAAACAUUAAGAAAUUAAGUAUCAAAAUAAAUAAUGAUAAAGACCUAAGGAAAAAUCAAGUACCCGUUAAGAAGGGACAACCUGUGAAAAGUUUGUGAUUUACUGCAGAUUAUGCAAGAAAUCUAUGGCAGAAGCAAAAACAGAUUCCAGAAUAGUAUUGAACUGCAUUUAUCACGAGGCCUUUGUUCCCUGAAGUUGCCUGUUCAGAACCUGGAAGAUGUACGACUGUGGCAAUGAGUGUGAUGAGUUGUGAAGAGGAGCCCCUCGGAUGGAAUGCUGAGUCAACCCAGAGUCUUCCAUCCUCUGAGUUCCUAGAAAACAAAAGAAUAUUCUGGAAAGUGAAAGUCAGAAGCAGCAGCUGCUGGUAUAAAGAAAAGUGUACGAAGGAUCGUUUUUCAGAGAAAAUUUGUUAAGAUGUGGUAAAGAGGCUAUCUUGUCACCUGAAUGGUAUACAGUGCCUUAAAAAAUGGGGUUUGGAAGUGACCUGAAGUAUUCUCAUGAUGCUUUAUUAAAACUGCAAGAUUGGGAACUACGACUGCUUGAAACGGUGAAGAAAUUUAUGGUCAUGCGAGUAAAAAGUGAUAAAGAGUAUGCCUCCACUUUACAGAAUCUUUGUAAUCAAGUAGAUAAAGAAAGCACUUGUCAACUGGAUUAUAUCAGCAAUGUGUCCAAGUCUUGGUUGCUCAUGGUACAGCAAACGGAACAGUUGAGCAAAAUAAUGAAGACACAUGCAGAGGAUCUUAAUUCUGGUCCUUUGCAUAGGCUUACAAUGAUGAUCAAAGAUAAGCAGCAAGUGAAGAAGAGUUACGUAGGUGUUCAUCAACAAAUUGAAGCAGAGAUGUACAAGGUCACAAAGACAGAAUUGGAGAAACUAAAAUCUAGCUAUAGACAACUAAUAAAAGAAGUAAAUUCUGCCAAAGAAAAGUAUAAAGAAGCUGUGGCUAAAGGAAAGGAGACUGAGAAAGCCAAAGACCGAUGUGAUAAAGCCACUAUGAAGCUGCAUAUGUUGCAUAAUCAAUAUGUGUUGGCACUGAAAGGAGCACAGUUGCAUCAGCACCAGUAUUAUGACACUACACUUCCUCUGUUACUUGAUUCGCUGCAGAAGAUGCAAGAAGAAAUGAUUAAAGCCCUAAAAGGAAUUUUGGAUGAAUAUAGCCAGAUCACUAGUCUUGUAACAGAAGAGAUUGUGAACGUCCAUAAAGAGAUCCAGACCUCUGUUGAGCAGAUAGACCCUAACUCUGAGUAUAAUGACUUCAUAGAAACUCACAGGUCAUCAGAAGUUGUUGAGCAAGAAAUAGAGUUUGAUACAUCUUUACUAGAAGAAAAUGAAAACCUCCAAGCUAAUGAGAUCAUGUGGAAUAAUCUAACAGCAGAAAGUUUACAAGUCACGUUAAAAACGGUAAUAGAAGAACAGAUACAGACCCAGCAGACACUUCUGAGCAAAGAGGAACUUGUGCUGGAACUAGAGAAGAAAAUAGAAGAAUCUUCUAAAACUUGUGAAAAGAAAUCAGAUAUUGUACUUUUGCUAAGCCAAAAGCAAGCACUGGAAGAACUCAAGCAAACAGUUCAGCAAUUAAGAUGCUCUGAGGCAAAAUUUGCAGCCCAGAAAGAACUACUAGAACAAAAGGUUCAAGAGAAUGAUGGGAAAGAGCCACCACCUGUAGUGAAUUAUGAAGAAGAUGCCAGAUCAGUCACUUCUAUGGAUAAGAAGGACAAAGUUUCAAGGUUUGACACUAUACGUCACUCUAUAGCUGGAAUUAUAAGAUCUCCAAAAUCCAUGCUGGGCUCAUCGUCAUUCUUUGAUGUAAUAUCAACCACUGAGAAACCAUUGGCAGAGCAAGACUGGUAUCAUGGUGCAAUUCCAAGAAUAGAAGCCCAGGAACUAUUAAAACAGCAAGGAGACUUCUUGGUGCGAGAGAGCCACGGGAAACCUGGUGAAUAUGUCCUUUCUGUGUUUUCAGAUGGACAACGGAGACACUUUAUCAUACAAUAUGCUGAUAAUCAGUACCGUUUUGAAGGAACGGGGUUUCCAACUAUUCCUCAGCUCAUAGACCAUCAUUACACAACAAAGCAAGUCAUUACAAAGAAAUCGGGUGUUGUUCUGCUGAAUCCGGUUGUUAAGGAUAAGAAGUGGGUUCUCAAUCAUGAAGAUGUCACACUGGGGGAAUUACUGGGCAAAGGUAAUUUUGGUGAGGUAUAUAAAGGAACAUUAAAGGAUAAGACUCCUGUUGCUGUAAAAACUUGUAAAGAAGAUCUUCCUCAGGAACUGAAAAUAAAAUUUCUAUCAGAAGCCCGAAUACUCAAACAAUAUGAUCAUCCUAAUAUUGUAAAACUUAUAGGAGUUUGCACACAACGGCAACCUAUUUAUAUUGUUAUGGAACUUGUUCCAGGAGGUGAUUUCCUGUCCUUUUUAAGAAAGAAGAAGGACGAGCUAAAAACAAAACAGUUAGUGAAAUUUUCAUUAGAUGCUGCUUCUGGUAUGGCAUACCUUGAAUCUAAAAACUGUAUACACAGAGACCUGGCCGCAAGGAACUGCUUGGUAGGUGAAAGCAACAUUUUGAAAAUAAGUGAUUUUGGAAUGUCUCGUCAAGAAGAUGAUGGAGUAUAUUCAUCUUCAGGCUUAAAGCAGAUUCCUAUCAAGUGGACUGCUCCAGAAGCUCUCAACUAUGGGAGAUACACAUCGGAGAGUGAUGUAUGGAGCUUUGGAAUCCUUUUGUGGGAGACUUUCAGUUUAGGAGUGUGCCCAUACCCUGGAAUGACCAACCAACAAGCACGAGAACAAGUGGAGAAAGGAUACCGAAUGUCAGCACCACAAAAGUGUCCAGAGGAAAUAUAUAAAAUAAUGCAGAGGUGCUGGGACUACAAACCUGAAAACCGGCCAAAAUUCAGUGAGAUUCAAAAAGAGUUGUCUUCCAUCAAAAAGAAAGUGACAUAGUGAUAAACUAGUGCUAAACUCAAUCUGCAGGACUUUAUUUUCCAAUGAAGUAAUAUUUUCCCCUCAAACCCUAUGCGUUUAUACAGCACUAUUUGCAAUAUUAUUCUAGGGUUACUUUAAAAUUAACUGUGUUUUAUAUGCACGUAUACACCACCUCGAAUGAUGUCGACACCUGCAUUGAAGACAUAUUCUGCCAAAUGCUAUAUAUCUAGUCACAGUAAUAUUGUCAUUUAGGAUACAUGUAAAUAGAAGAGCACAUACUGUAGAUUUAAGGGACUGUGGCUUCUAUCCACUUUACAGCAAGUAACUGCUAGUGACAUUUUUCAGAGGUUUUCUACUUCAUGCUGUGUUCUCAUUCUGUUAUCCCUUUCCCGGAUAUCAACAGUAAUGGCACUCUGAUGUGGUGACUUUGUCGUACAUGAUGGCCUUAAAACUGAAAACAGAUUUUGGCAAGUAUUUCAACUAGAAACUUUUGUAUUUUUUUAAAUUCUUUCUGCAACUGAACAGUAUUUUCAAAUGAUCCUUUGCCUGAUGAAGGUCAAUUAAGAUUCUGGACAUAAAUGUAUUUACUAAACAGUGAAAUCCAGAAUUUUCUUUUGUAGAAAACAGAGCUACAUCUGCAUUUCUUACCACAUUAUAGUAAAUACUUCUGACUUUGGAUGUGAUUUACUUAAACUACUGCUUUUUUCCUAUGAAGCUACCACAGUUCAGUAAUGUGUCUCCUUUGCAAUGACCUGUGUUUAUUUAAGAAAAAAAAGGCCAAUGUCAAGUCUUGACUAUACAUACAUUGUUAGGAAAUGCUGCAAAUCAUCUGCCCUCCAAAGAAUAAGUAAAAGCAGUUGAUGUGCACGUGUAAAAAAGGCCAACAACAAGGAGGUUUGCUAACAGUAGCAGCUUAUAGUAGCUAACCAAUUGCAUUGAUUUUAGAGAAGUAAAGAAUGUGAAUUGUUAGAUUUGCUUUUGAUCCUGAAUUUUUUCCUUAUAUUUGUAAUGAUUUUCAGUAUGCACCUGGCGUCUGCAAAAGCAUAUGCAAAACGAAAGUACAUUCCAUGCCUAGUGUCCAAAGAAAAAGGCUACUUCUGUAUGGCAUAUGGAAAUUGUUCAUGACACCAAGAUAUGUUUUAAGCCUGUGGCAGACUGAACAAGUCAGAAUAGAAACAUUAACCUUUUAACUUUCUUAAAUCAUUACAAUCGGAUUUCAGAACACUGGGGAGAAGGGAACUGUAAAUGCCACCAGGAAGGGAGAAGCUUGUAUAAAAAUAACAUUCCUCCAGAAAGAGUAAACGCUCAGCAAUCAGGAGAGGAAAGGCACGGUUUGUUAGUAUGGCUCUUGGUCCUGUUUGCAAAUGGGAUUAUUUUCUAGGGUCCUGCACAGAGAUAGGAACAAGUUACAGCAUCCUGGUCUGAGUUCCAGAAUUAAGGUGCUUAAACUUUCUCUAGGAGUUAGCUAAAAAUCACCAGAUCAAGGGACGUCAGUUGCUGCUAGUGCAAGUAAGAAACAGGGGACUGAAGGUAAAGCAGCAUCUGGAAUGUUUAUUAGCCCUAUUUCACUGGGACAGGGGAACUGAGAUGUAGCAAAGUCUGUGGCUACAUUGCCUUUUCUUUUUGUUAAGGUGACUUUUCUAUUGUCCACAGCAUUUUUUACUCUUUAAAGUAUAUUUGUGGUAGUGGUGAGUGGUAAUGUUUAAGGGCUGUGUGUGACCAAAAUAUGCAUAGUCUAGAAGAGUUUGUCUGUUACAUUGAAGUUAGCAUCCAAAUAAAACAGUGAAUAAGCAUGCUGGAGCAAUCAAUCACCUUCGUUUGAGGUGGAACUGUUAUCAGUCAAGUAGAGGGGAUGGUGAAUGCGUCUUGCCUUUUUGAAUGGAUUUUUUUCUUGGAGCUAAGGGAGCAACUGCAUAAAUACGAAGGUCUAGCAUUUGAAAAUUUUAGUGGCAUAAAUUUAGAUUUCCUUAUAAGCAUACUGGACAUAUUUACUUUCUACUGUGCUUACAAGUAGCCCAAAUAUAUGUUUCAAGAGCAAGGGGAAACUUUUUUGUCAGUUUGUAUGCUUUUAAAUAUUACACAAAGCUUGUGCCUUAAUUUGCUAGUAAUGUAACGUGAAUGCAAAUGUACAAAGAUUCAAGGAAUGUACAACAACAUUUGGAAAAAAAUUUCCAAAUCCAAGAGUCAUCCAACUGCAGGUCCUUAUCCUGCACCACUAAAGUCUGCAAGUAAGGACAAUAGUGUCUUCUCUUGUCAACAUUCAUAGCUUUGGAGAGUUAAUAUUCUUUUUAUACGAUAGAGAUUACUUAUGUCUUUGAUAUCCUCCUGACAGCAAAAAAAUAUUGUUUAUUUGUCUUAAAUUAACUGGACACCAUCCUGACUUUCACAUACAGAUAAAAAUUGUAUUCAUGUUUUAUUCUGAAAUAGCUAAUGUUUGUAAUUCAUAUCAAACUUCUGUUUAAAAUGAAGAGUUUUUAAAACAUAGGAUAUCUACAGCAACAAAAAAAAUUGUUAUUAUUUCUGAAGUAGGCAUCAGUUUAGUUCAAAAAUAGCACCUCCUGGGAGAUGACCAGAGUGAGUUUAUAGGCAUAGAGUAAAUUUAAACACAGGUACAUGUCUCUGAGAUUAUUUAAAGUGUUUUUGUAUCAUUGAUUUGGCAGUGUUUGUGGCAUAAUUUGUUCAUCAUGUCUCACUAGUAAUUACUGUAAUUAUACACUUUAGGAAGUGGAAUCCAUGUCAGGUAUACCUAUAGAUACUAUUUUUAAGUUUUUGUAAAUUUAGUGCAGAGGAGGUCACAAACAAAACUACCAUAUGCUGAAAUUUGAAAGUAGACAUGGUAUUCAGGAACCAAAACUGGCAUAUCUGUGUUCUGCGGACUUCUAAUGACUUAAGUCUUGCAUUGUUCAUACCUUAAAACCAGCUACUGGUUAUUUCGCUUGUUUACCCAAUACUUUGUAUAUUCUAAAGCAGUUACAGAGAAGGUAGACUGGGUCUCUUUUGCAAGUAGUUUUUCAAGUAGGUUCUUAUGUCUGCACUCUCCCAGUCAGGGGCAAUCCAAGGGGCUUCUGAGUUUUUUAGGCUGUUAAAUCGGAGAGACUCUGGGUACUGGCAGGGUCAGUUAGAAUUACCAGUCUGUUACAUGAGAUGGACUUCUACAGGUUUAUCUGUUACUUUCAUCUUUUUCCAAGGAAUUACAGUCAUAGUUUCUAAAAAGAUUGUUUUGAAGCCAAUAAUGCAUGCUUAGUUUACAUUGUUUUCAGUAGAAAUUGAGCAUUUAUAGUAGCUUCAGAGUUCAAUCAUCAGUGAAAUCAUUAGAAUUCCUAAGCAUAUAUAUUUCCAUUUUUUAGAAAGUAAAAUAAUGAAAAGCAUCAUGUAUGAAAACAGAUUUUGCUUCAGCAGAGGUGUGGUCAGUCCUGUAGAGUCAACAUUUCACAAUACAUUCCCUUUGAAAGUGUAUAUUUUCAUUAAUUUCCUUCUGCAACUACAGUUACUUUGCAUUUUUGCUUCCUAACUUUAACCAAAAGCACGUGCCUUUUUGCAGAGUUGCCUAACAUUUUAAAGUUGUUAUUGGAAAGUACAUCACCAGAGGGCUUCCAGUAAAAAGUGCUGUUUCUAAAAUAAGCCUCAUCUUUGUUUGGAGAGAAAAUUGUUUAAGGAAACAUUAGUUUAUUCACACCUAACCUUUUUUCAUCCAUGUAUUUGACCACCUUUUAUGCUUGUUCAAAUGCUACAAGCACAUCCCUAAAACUUACUCUGAAGUUAUAAUUUCAUUAUCCCCUCCCCAUUGUGAAGAUAUUAAUCAAAAAAAAAAAAGAUUCCUGAGGUUAAAUAGAAUAGCGAAAGCUCAGAGGCAAUUGAAUCUGUUCCCCCCACCCAAGAGAAUUUUCUUAGAUGUGUUGCUGCAUAGACAGUAACAACAGUGAUUAAUUAUAGGCUUGUUUCCAGUAUUCUUAUUGUCACAUACUCUAAAUGGCAGUGCCACUGACCAUUUGUAACUGUGAAAUAUUUGGAGACAAGUUAGUGUGUAAAUAAUGUCCUCAAAUAUGAUAUUCAAGAGCAGAAGUUAUGAAAAUGUCCGGUUGUCAUAAGUACUGAUAACUCGUUAUAAAAAUAGAGUAAAAAGAAAGAGGCUAAUUCAGAGAAUCCAAAAUGUUUGCUAUGCACUUGUGCUGUAACAUUUUUCUAACUAAGCAUAAAAUACUUUACUAUUAAAAAAAGAGGUCACCAAUUAAUUAUUUUUCCUGAAGCACAAGAGGACAUGUGAUAGUACUGGAAGCAUUCUUGCUGGGGAAGUCAAGACAAUGUAGAAGGAAGAAUACCUCUACUGCCAAUCAAGUUGCUUUUUAAAAAGUCUUAUUCAUGCAGUCCUUCACUUUCAAGAAUAUAGAACUUUAAUUAAUAAUUAGAAGGUAGAGGUGGAAGUCUACUAUUCCUUAACUUCCAAACAACCAUCACUUUUUAAGAGUGAUCUGGUAAAUUUGGAACAUAGGCUCUAUUAAAAGUUUUUCUUCUACUUUUCUUCUGCAGAAUUGCUAUAAUAAAUAAGGGGUCCUUAAAUGCUCAUCAGUAAAACUGAUCAGUAAAAACUAUACAAGAAAAGUGCAUCAACUUCAGAAACCUAUCGAGUUUCUAUAAGAGUAACUUCAAUAAAAGAAUACUAUUCCUAAUUUAGAGGUCACUUUCUCGUAGUAGGAUUGCCUCAGGAUAGUUUUUCUUCCUAAAAGCUAAGAAAAAGUUUUAAAAGAUAAAAAUUGCAAGUUGAAAACAUAAGAAUCCUUUUUCACAUCACAUUUUGAACACUCAUUCAAGUAUUGCCACUGUUUCUUUUCUGAAACUGAUAAGGCAUUUGGGCUUUCCAGCUGUGCACACUUUUCAGCAUUGCAUAUUAGCGCAUUAUGAAAACUUAAUUUCACUUUCAGACCAAGGAAAGGAAGAGUCUUUCAGCUGAAAGAUAUAGCAAGUUCUGACUAAUAACUCUCACAAUUCUUUAAAAUCUCAAGUUCAGUAAGUGCAAUAAUUACGUUUAUUAUGCUAAACACCAUGUAGAACAGUUAAUUGUUGGCCUUUUGAGAACUACAGGUUAAUACUAAAUAUUAGUUGGUUCUCAGUCACUGCUCAUCACCAAACGUCUUAUUAAUCUUCCAAAAAGCAUUACCUUCUCUGGAAAAUAAAGUAUUCCUUGUUUUUAUCAGCACUGUUAUCAGUACAAUGCCUCUUCUGCUUUAUUGGUUUUUUAAAUCUUAUAAUUAGCCUAUCCUGCUGCUGUGUUUCCCUGAUCAGAUUUUACUCCUAUUUGCUUGGUAGUUACCCAAGAACCUGGUUUGAAAUCGCACAUUGUAUUUUCUUUUCUCUUGUUAUCAGGAGCAGAAAAGAACACAAGUCAGCCAUGGGUCAAAAAACAGAGGUCUCAGUCCUCAGCUAACAGCUACUUUUCCUGUUUACGGAAGCUCUCUGAAAUGGUUCAUAAACAUAACAGUCUAUUAUAAAAGGCCACACCCACACCCACACCCAAAUCCCAACAGUCUCUAAGAGUGGGGAAAAAGUAAAUGAGUUAAGAGGCACAGAAAAUAGCUAACAGAUGUGGAGGGGCACAAAUAAAGGAACAAAAAUGGAGAUUUAGUAUGAAAAGAUACCACAGUGCAAGCAUAGAUGUGCUCUGUGCUUCCACCCUCACUGACAUUUUACCCCCUCCUUCUAAGGCUCAAUUGUGCAACUUGAGAGUAAUGAGAUUUUUUUAUUAUCAUUUUCGAGAAUGAGAAGAACGUGAACUCAGUAUUUUCCCCCUGCUCAUCUGUAUUUCCGUUAACAUUCCACCACUUUAAUGCAUACGUCAAAGUAAGAUUAGUUUUUAAACCAACAUGCUUUUGCAGAAAUUUCAUAUUCUUUUUAUUUGUGUAAGAGAGAUUCAACAGUUCUCUGUUUCAUUCAUCUCUAUUCUCACAUUGAGACUGUUAAAUCUGUAGAGUCAGAGUCAUACUAAGCAGUUUUGGCAAGCUACUGUAAAUUCUUAGUAUUUUAAGGUGUUUCUCUGCAGAAAUACACCGAGUAGAUUGGGGGUGGAGGGGGAAGUUAGCACAGGAGUUGGAAGCUACACAUUGUAUCUUUAAAUCAGCAGCUUCAAUUCAAUUUAAAAAAAUUCAUAACUUUGAUUCUAGAAGCCAAGUUGGUCUUUGUUCUUUGCCUAUAAAUAAGCAAGAGUGAUUUCGGUAUUUCAGCUUUACUAUUAAUCUGAUAAAAUGGGAAUGCUCAAUUAUUUACUGUUCUCUCUAAGGGAAUGCUGUCUCCCCAAUACAUGAAAGUUACUCUGAUGUCCCUAUAAUGCUCUUGUACAUAAAAUCCUAACUGAAAAAUAUGUCCAAGUGUGGAAUUUGGUUGUUAAUUCUGAGUUCUUUCAUUUUCAGGAAGUUGUGUUUUAGAACACCAUUUUUGUAGACACCAUUUAGGAAGGACUUAAAUUUCAAUUUUCAGAGGAUUAGGUUUUUUUUAGGGGGGAGAUGAAAGACUAAUUAGAUUGCUAGCUAGACCCAUUGUUCUGGUGAUCUCGGAUUAUGACUAUGAUCUGGUAGAUCUCCGAUUAUCUUUAUACGUGCCUUCUCUGAAUCAGAAUACUUACCAAAAAAAUGAGUAAAGAAAACCUUCAAAUACAGUUGACUGAGAUCAUAGAGUGAAAACUUGAAAGGUCUGUGAACUAGAGUCUUUCUUCCUCUACUGUCCCAGAAUUGAAGGAGACAAAAUUUGCAACAACUUGCUUUGUGUUUAUACAUAAAUAUGAAUUGAAGUACAUCUAUGUCAACAGGGUAACCUAGGACACUUACUGGCAAAGAAGGCUUGGAAAAAAGUGUUCCCAAAUUGCCACUAUUUGGAACAGUCAUCUAAUUUUAGAACUAAAAAGGUGAUAGAUUGCACCAUUCACAUAAUUUCAGCUGCAUAGCUGAUACGCACAGUGCAUGCUUCUCCAUUGAAACUGUUAAUCAAUUUAAGGCAAUUAUGCUUUUUAAAAGAAAAAUCAGAUCAAUCAGCGAUCACUUCUAGUUUACACACAUUGAGGCUAUGAACAAGCAGUUUCCACCACUAAAAAGUAAUUAAGAGGUCUGCACCACUGUCAUUAUACAGCCGGCUAAGGCAUUUUAGUCUUCAUAAACAUGUAAGAAACUCCACAAAUAUUAAAUGCAGUAGCAGCACAAAAUCCUUGGAUUACUGAUAUGUAAACUGGUUCUCCCUGAUCUUGUCUUUCAAUUAGAAAAGAAUUUUUGUGCCCUUUAAAAAGGGCUGUAGUAGGCUAACAACAACUCUAGCUGAGCUGUACUGUUAAACCAGAAGACUCUGGCCCUUGGCAUCUCCGCAGCAUUACAGUACUCUGACGGUUCCUCAUACUAUAUAUGCUCCCUUUUCACUUACUUCAAGAAAGUUACUCUUGUGAGACAAAAGUUCUGAUGCAUCCCUGAUUUUCUCUGACUCAAAAAAUAUCAUACUGAUGUUUACCUUUAUAUUGGUGGCAAUGUGUUUGUAUGAAAACUAAAGUAAUUGCAAAGCCAAGGUGAGGCACAUAGUUGAGUUACAAACCCGAAAUACAUCAUGACUUGACCAAACUGUAAAAUACAUAAAAACACCACCAUUCCCCAAUAUCUGGUUUUAACGCUACACACACACACAUCCCCAUUCUGAGAGUUGCAAAUUAAACAAGAUGCAUUGCUAAGUCUACAGGGCACCUAAUCUUUCAGUAGGUAACUAAGUUGAUAUGGCUUAAUAAAUUUUAAAACACUAGUGUUUCAGUUAAAACCUUUUAUAUGUUUUGAACAGCAGUAUUCCUUGCACAAACUCUACAAUAGCAAUAUUUAUAUUUGACUUGAUACCUACAGACAGGUAGAACUGGACCUUCAUUCCACUCCCGUUUAUCAGUGAAACUACUCUAUUAAAGUAGCCAAUUCAGGUGCUUUCAGCCACUCUGAAAUGUAGCAUAGAUGCAGAAAGGAUGCCACAGAGAAUGACUUGCACUCUGUAUGCCAUCUUUUUAUAACAUGCUUAUGCUUGCUACAAAUCACCAGUAAAUCCAGUGGAGAUUAGAAGUUUGCUGUAUCCCUAGAGUGGCCAAUUGCUUACAAUACUUUAAGUUGUAGCACUUAAGGAGAGAUAGUGACAAUGUUUUUUUCUUUGUCACUAUGCAGGCAUAAAGGAAAAGAGACAUACAAGGGGGACGCUGCAUUAUCUUCCUUCCCUUCACCUUCUGCUUGGUCAUGCCACAGAUUCAGACUCUCCAGUAGACUGACUAGCUAGAACAUAUAUGGUCCCUCUGCUAAUUUUAUUAUUACCUGAGACUGACAAAUUAACUUAUUUUUUUCACUGAGCUUCCCACCCAAUUUUUACUAAAAUGCUAAAAACAUGGAAUAGGAAGAACUCAUGGUUUAGGCUCAUAACAUAGGAGACAGGCAGAUUCCUACGAAGAAAGCUUGAGGACUGAAAGCCAAAACCAAACACCUGUCCUUCCCUCCUAUUAAAGGAUUAUGUGGUUAUAUGCAUGUCUGAAAGACAUCUAGAGAUGAAGCUUGAACUAACAGGUGCAGGACUGCUGUUUUUCCAACUACAUAAUUUUCUGUCAUAUAAUUGUAGGCAACUGGAGAAGGAGGAGGGGUGUUGGGGAAGGAAGGAAGGUUGGUUCACUGACCCACUAGCAUAUACAAAACUUUUGACUCAUGUAACCUUGAGUGAGGCAUGGAUGCAGUUUGCAAACAUGUUUAGAUUUUUUUUUCCAGUUUGUGCCAAAGUAUGCACCAGCAAGUUUAAUAUCAGGUAAAGCACCUUUUUUACUCUUUGUUGUUUAAAAAUAAUAUAUUUGUAAAACAGAUCGAUAAUACAUAACACUGGAAAUGGGUGCUUCUUCCCAAAAGUACACAUGUAAAAAAAAACAAAAACAAAAUGACAUUUGUGAGUUUAUCCGACUUUUAAGCAAGUCUGAAAAUGAUAACUAUAUAAUACAGUUGUCAGUUGUCUGUUCUUUAUAAUUUUAAAUAGAUCUGCAUUUUAACUUUUAUUUAUUUGCCAAUUUUUUAUAUACUUUAAAGUUACACAUUUGAACUUAAGCUAACUUUUUAUUUUCAUAGGCUGUUACAAAACAGAUUUUCAGUUUUCUUGUAAACUGCAGACCAUUUUUGAAUAGCCCUUUGUCUUUUCUGAUGGACCAGUUACCACUAAUGAGUCUGCAGUCCCCGUUUUACUGUACUCUUCUAAUAAAUGUAAACUAUUUGUAUCAAGCUGCCUCAAAUUGUAUUUGAUAUUUACAGGAUAUAUUUAUUCAUUUACUUCUGCAGUCAAGUGGAAGAUCA